AGCCCACCACGAAGUGUGCGAGUAAUGAAAUUUCCGCUCAAUUUAAGCUCAAAUGUUGGGGUUUUACCUUCAUAUAAUCAUGGAUUAAAGUCAUGUUUAAGGACAAAGACAAAGAAGCUUUUCUCUACAAAUGUGCUUGAAGAGUAUCCUAUUCGAUCACACAAGUUGCAGAAUGGAGUCACCUUCGUUACAGAUCCACGGCCAGGACAUUUUGCGGGCCUUGGUGUCUACGUAAACGGAGGAUCUCGCUAUGAAACUAAAGAACUGACAGGAAUCAGUCAUUUUAUGGACCGCCUUGCGUUUCAAGGAACAAAGUAUACAUCAGUAGAAGACAUGAAAACAAAACUUGAAAUUCUUGGUGGUAAUUAUAUGUGCGCAACUAGUCGCGAGUCGAUGAUCUACCAAACAGCUGUAUUUAAUGAGGAUUUUAAGAAAAUGGCAAAACUUCUUUCAGAAACGGUCCUUUAUCCUGAGAUUUCGGAAGAAGAUCUUAUGCAUUAUCGUGACAGUAUUAAUUAUGAAAAUACAGAGCUCUGGACCAAGCCAGACGCUCUUUUGGGUGAAUUGGCUCAUGUAACUGCUUUCAAAAACAACACUCUUGGAAAUUCCUUGCUUUGCCCACCGGAAAAGGCAUCUUCCGUAACAGCAGACAGCAUCCAACGGUAUCUGGAACAUUUCUAUCAUCCUAAAAAUAUGACACUUGCUUAUUCCGGUAUCUCUGAAAACGUCGCUAGAGACGUAACGGAGGAAUUUUAUGGUCAUCUACCAAAAUCAAACCAGCCUUCUCUAUUAAAGGAACCUUCCCACUAUACUGGAGGAAGUAUGUCAAUCAACAAAAAAGAAGCACCUGUGGUUCCAUACCAGCAGGAAUUCUCCCAUGUGUUGAUAGCCAUGGAGGGGUUAUCUGUAACUGACCCCGAUAUAUACGCAUUGGCUUGUCUUCAAUUCUUAUUAGGAGGCGGAGGAUCCUUCAGUGCUGGAGGUCCUGGAAAGGGUAUGUAUUCCCGCUUAUAUUUGGACGUUCUGAAUCAAUAUCCCUGGGUGGAAACAUGCAUGGCUUUCAAUCAUAGUUAUACCGAUAGUGGUCUUUUUGGAAUCUUUAUCACGAUUUUGGAUGACGCUUCUCAUUUGGCUGCUCCCAUAAUAAUUCGAGAACUCUGUAGCAUUGCCAUGUCCAUAAGCAAAGAAGAAGCAGAGCGAGCUAAAAACCAGCUUCGCAGUUCCUUGCUUAUGAACUUGGAAAGCAGAAUGAUUUCCCUUGAAGAUUUAGGACGUCAAGUCCAGACUCAGAAUGGAGUCUAUAUUUCUCCCAAAGAAAUGUGUGAAAGGAUAGAAAGUUUGACUCCAGCCGACUUGACCAGAGUUGCUCGAAGAGUAUUGACCGGUAAUGUAAACAAUCCUGGAAAAGGAACUGGAAAGCCCACUAUCUUGACUCAUGGAAACGAAGACCAAAUUGGUGAUAUUUUUGCACUUUGUAAGAAAGCAGGACUUGGCAAAUAAAAAAUUCUGUCUAAAUUCCUCACUGAACAAUAGAUUCUUGUUUUUUGACCGUUUCUUGUUUAUUUCUGCUAUUUGAAAUUGAACCAUAGAUUAAGGUAAAUAGUCUUUGAGAAAAUGGUUUUAGUAGAAGAAUAAUUAUGCUGAAUACGUCUAUAAAAAUUGAUUCAAACAUGCUUACGUUGUCGUCUUCUAACCUAAUUGGAAAGGUCGCUAGAAAACCUUUCAUAACAUGCUAUAGCUAUAUUCAUUUGGUACUUAAUAAAUGUAAAGGUUUUAUGUUUCUUCAUUCAAA